GGCUACUUCGAAGGCGUAAUCAUUUUCGACGGCGAAAGCGGGACCCGUUUCGCGUAGUCGAACAAAAAUGGAGGUCGCGACGGCGACGGAGGCGUCGGCGCCGGCGGCGAGCGGCGGGGCGAAGCGGCGGAGCCACCCGUUCCCGUGGCUCGACUUGGCCAUCUCCGAGCCCUUCUACUUCCUCCACCUCGUCGCCUUCUUCUCCUACUUCGCGGCCCGCACCACAGCGCCCUCGGCCGAGGACGACGUCGAGUUCCACAGCCGCCUCAUCCGACGGGAGAUCCAGGCGGUGCUCGUGUUCCUGGUGCUCUUCACGGUGAAGAUUGUGAAAGAGGAAAACUGGGAAACACUCAUUGCUGAUUCAUUGCUCUACGCAAAGGGCCUAUUGUUGGCAGUUAUAAUGGUUAUUGAUUACUGGUUGGCUCUCUGCUACUUACUGGGAUUUGUUGUUAUAUAUGCUGUAGCUCAACAACCACCUUAUGAUGGUCUAGGCCAUACACAUCAUAUGACCCCGUUGCAACUGGAAAGCCUGCUAACUGAAGAACCAACAACACGAUUUUGGCUGGUUGAGUUCCGGACUUCCUUUUUAGGGAAAUGUAUACAAGCAAGCAGUGUUAUGCCUGAACUCUCUAACAUAUACUCCAACAAGAACAUUUCUUUUGGGAUAAUUGAUAUAGGGCAUUUUCCAAAUGCUGCGGCAAAGUUUGGAAUAUCCAUGUGGGAUCAUCAUCCCACUUAUAUACUGUUCGACAAGGUGACUGAAGUUGCUCGGUUCCCGGAAAUUGCAAAUGAAACAAAAGUAUUCAUGCCAAAAGUUACUAAGAAGCUUCUCUGCCAGCAUUUCGAUCUUGACAGGCGAUUGAUUGAAUACCGAUCUACCUUAUCUACCUAGUUGAUCCAGCGCCUGUCCCAGGUGUCUCAAAUGGAAGGUGCCAAUUCGGACCGGAUAAUUGGACCAGACACAAGGUGCGGCAGCAAUCACUUCAGGGGGUAUCCUCAAGCUUGUUUUAUUUGAUGGGUGUGGUUGUGCCCAUCCAGUUCAAGGCUAGUAUGCUUUGUGACGACAAAUAUGUUUUGCAUCUUACUACCAUUUGUCACUUCUUGAAUUAUGGAAUGUUACUGCCCCUGUAGAGAUCCUGUAAUGAUUUGGCAACUAUGCUUUGCAACUGCAGUAGUGGUCAAUCCAGACACCAUUCUUUCCACAGAGCAGUAUGUCUUGGAAUUUGUUCA